AUGCCUUUUACAGUAUCUCUACCAAAAAGACUAUCACACGGUCCAAGCUUGCCACUGUCAUCAAAUCCGAAGGGAAGGAGAAAAAGGCAUUCUGGUUCUUUAGAUUCUCCAUUAAUAUUAGCAAGCUCUUCGGACUCUUCUCAAGAAUCAGAUGCAGCUGAAGAGAAGCUCUCCAAAGCAAAGAAUAUCGAAACAAUGUAA